UAGAAUUUUUGUCGCUGUCGCAUUAUCGCAUUUCAGUUUUCCAGUUUUGUGGAGGAUGUAGAAAAUCUUCAGUUCUUCAAGUUUCUACCGUGAUCUAUUCGGAUUUUUAGUUUUCUUUUGAAAUUUUCCGAAGCUUCGACUUUAGCUCUUCGCGUUGCAAGCACAAGUGAGAAGGCUACCGUACGGAUGAAUUAUAAUAAUUAUUAUUUUGUAUUUUUCCCUUUGGUGAUUUUUUUCGGAAAAUACAUCAUCUGCGUUCUUGCCUUAUCGUCGUAUCGAUUAUCGCGGUGACUGUCAGCGGACCGCGCAACGCGUGCGCUGUGAAUUGUUGAAUCGUCCUACCUCGUUGCUUGAGAGAGGAGAAAUUGAAAAUGUCUCACAAGCGGACGUUGUACGUUGGCGGACUGAACGAAGAAGUGGAUGAGAAGUUCCUGCACGCUGCCUUCAUUCCGUUUGGGCCCAUCAUCAACGUGGAAAUUCCCAUUGAUUUCAAAACAAACAAGCACAAAGGCUUUGGCUUCGUCGAGUUUGAAAGUGCCGAGGAUUCUGCCGCUGCGAUCGAUAAUAUGGAUGAAAGUGAACUGUUCGGGCGGACUAUUCGCGUUAAUUUAGCCAAACCACAACGCCUCAAAGAGGGCUACCACAAGCCAGUGUGGUCGGACGAUCAGUGGUUGCGCGAACACGCCGGACAGACCCUGCAGGAAGCUCCCGGAGAAACCCCGGCCACCGCCCCCGAAGGGGAGCAGGAGAAUACGCCCGCUGCCGCACAGGAGACUGCUCAGACUGGUGAAGCAUCAGCGGCCAAGAGUAAAGCCAAUCCGCAAGUGUUUUUCGACAUUAAAAUCUCCAACCGCGAGGCUGGUCGCAUUGUGAUUCUCCUCAGGGCGGAUGUGGCGCCGCGUACUGUCGAAAAUUUCCGCGCCCUUUGCACCCAUGAGAAAGGCUACGGUUACCGUGGAUCAAAAUUUCAUCGAAUCAUCCCGCAAUUUAUGAUCCAGGGUGGAGAUUUCGAAAAAGGCGAUGGGACUGGCGGGAAGUCCAUUUACGGUGGCAAAUUUGAGGACGAGAAUUUCAUACUGAAGCAUUCCGAACCAGGUAUGCUGUCAAUGGCGAAUUCUGGACCGGGUACCAAUGGAAGUCAGUUCUUCAUAACUACCGAGAAAUGUCACUGGCUGGAUGGGAAGCACGUCGUAUUCGGACGGGUGGUUUCCGGCAUGGAUAUUGUGAGAAAAAUUGAGGCAUUUGGCACAAAGAAUGGCAAACCGACACAGUACAUUAGCAUCGCCAACAGUGGAGAAUAUCUGUGAAUAAUAUGGUUGUUGUUAAUUUUCCAAAGUAUCCUUUGUGUGCUAGCAGUAUGCAUCAUUCAGAUCUCCUUGUUGCUGCUUUUCUAAGCCUUUGAGUUUGCGCUGAUUGGACGAUGUCCCCUGGAGUGCCAGCGUAACUUAAUUGCUUUUUAGUUUACAUACCUGACGGCUGCGCCGGGGUUGGGUUUUUGCUUAUAAACAAAUCCAAAGUAUUUUGGUGUCUCGUUUGAUUUUGAACGUGGAAAGAAAAGAA